CCGGACGGUGCCCAGGCGGUUCCCGGAGCUUCGCGCCGCGCUCGGGACCGGCCCGGCUCCGGAGAAUCCAGGAUGCCACCUAAUUUGGACUGGAAAAAGAUCAUGAGAGUUGACCCCGACUCCCUGCCUCGACAGGAUGAACUGGCGGACCAUUUGCUAGAUUCGCUUUCCAAGGUCGAAGGAAAAGACUUAGAAGAUGAAAAUCAUGAAAACGUCGUGCACCUUUUCAGAAUUACUCAGGCAUUAAUGAAGAUGAAGGCUCAAGAAGUGGAAUUAGCUUUAGAAGAAGUUGAAAAAGCUGGAGUGGAACAAGCCAAAUUCGAAAAUCAAUUAAAAGCUAAAGUGAUGAAAUUGGAAAAUGAACUAGAGAUGGCCCAGCAAUCGACAGGUGGUCGUGAUACCCGUUUUUUGCGCGAGGAAAUCCGACAGCUGGAAAAACAACUGGAGCAAAAGGACAGAGAGCUGGCUGAUCUGGAAAAGGAAAUGGAGAAAGAGAAGAAAGUCAAUGAACAAUUUGCUCUUCGUAAUGAGGAGGCAGAAAAUGAAAACAGCAAGUUAAGAAGAGAGAACGAACAACUGCGUCAGGACAUAAUCGACUAUCAGAGACAAAUAGACUCUCAGAAAGAGACACUUCUGUCAAGAAGAGGUGAAGACUCUGAUUACCGGUCACAGCUAUCAAAAAAAAACCUUGAACUUGUCCAAUACCUUGAUGAAAUUCAGAGUUUGACAGAAGCUAAUGAAAAAAUUGAAGUUCAGAAUCAGGAGAUGAGAAAAAACUUGGAGGAAUCCGUGCAGGAAAUGGAAAAGAUGACUGAUGAAUAUAGCAAGAUGAAAGUUAUUGUGCAGCAGACUGACACUUUAAUGGACCAGCUCAGAAAAGAAAAAGAUCAUUAUAGGCUGCAAGUACAGGAGCUUACAGAACUUCUGAAAGCCAAGAACGAAGAGGAUGAUCCAGUCAUGUUAGCCGUCAAUGCAAAAGUCGAAGAAUGGAAGAGAAUUCUGACUUCCAAAGAUGAUGAAAUUAUAGAAUAUCAGCAAAUGUUGCAGAAUUUGAGAGAGAAACUUAAAAAUGUCCAACUUGAUGCUGACAAAAACAACGUAAUGGCUCUCCAACAGGGCGUACAAGAACGGGAUGGUCAAAUCAAGAUGCUUACAGAACAAGUAGAACAGUAUACAAAGGAAAUGGAAAAGAACACAUUGAUUAUUGAGGAUUUGAAAAGCGAGCUCCAAAAAAAUAAAGGUGUUGAAACCCUUUCCCAACAGCAUCGCAUUAUGGAAAUUCAGACCAAGGUGCAGCUCCUAGAACAAAAAACCAAAGAGGCUGAAAGGAUAGCCGAGCUGGCAGAGAAUGAUGCCAAGGAGAAGGACGUAGAGCUCACUGAAACUCUUAAGCGUUUGAAAGAAUAUGAAACGGGAAUAUAUGGCUUGGAAGAUGCCGUUGCUGAGAUAAAGAACUUAAAAACCCAAAUUAAAGUAAGAGAUCAUGAGAUUGAGCUAUUAACUAAGGAAAUGAACAAACUUGAGUUGAAGAUAAAUGAUUUUCUUGAUGAAAAUGAGGAGCUUAGGGAACGUGUCGGCCUUGAUCCAAAGACAAUGAUUGAUUUAACUGAAUUUAGAAACAGCAAAAACUUAAAGCAGCAGCAGUACAGAGCUGAAAACCAGAUUCUUUUAAAGGAGAUAGAAAGUCUAGAAGAAGAAAGACUCGAACUGAAACAGAAAAUUCGUAAAAUGGCUCAAGAGAAAGGGAAAAGAGAUGCUACUUUAGGGAUAACAACUGAUGAUCUACAUAUAUCAGGCCCCUUUACUCAGGAGCUGAGAAUGAUGGAAAGGAAUUUCAAUCUAAUGGGUUCAGCAAAUGUCGAGGAAGCUCAAUUGAGGAAUGAAUGUCUUGCAAAAGAAUUAAAUGAAAAGGACAAAGACUUGGAAAGAAAUAAGAUGAUAAUAUCCAAGUUCCAGAAUAAAUUAAAAAGAUUAACAGAAGAAAAUAAACAGCUUGAAGAUGGAAUGAAAGAGAUAUUGCAAGCUAUCAAGGAGAUGCAGCAAGAUCCCAGUGUUAAAGGAGGAGAAACUUCACUAAUCAUCCCUAGUCUUGAGAGACUCGUUAAUGCUGUUGAAUCAAAAAACGCAGAAGGAAUCUUUGACGCCAACCUGCAUCUGAAAGCCCAAGUUGACCAGCUUACAGGGCGAAACGAAGAACUAAGGCAGGAGCUUAAAGAAUCUCGGAAAGAGGCCACCAGUUUUUCUCAUCAAUUAGCAAAAGCCAAUUUAAAGAUUGAACGUCUUGAAAAAGAAACCAGUCUCUUACGUCAAUCAGGAGGGUCCAAUGUUGUAUUCAAAGUAGUAGACCUACCAGAAGGCAUGGCUCCAACCAGUACAAGUAUCAUUAAUUCUCAGAAUGAAUAUUUAAUACAUCUUUUACAGGAGCUAGAAGAUAAAGAAAAAACACUAAAUGAAUUAGAAGAUGCAGUUGAAGACUACAAGAGAAAAUUUGCUGUGAUUCGUCAUCAACAAGGUUUAUUAUAUAAAGAAUAUCAAAGUGAAAGGGAGAUUUGGCAAACAGAAUCUGAAAAAAUGAAAGAGGAAAAAAGAAAGUUUGAGGAUCAGACUCAGCAAGAUGCUAUAAAAGUAAAGGAAUAUAAUAAUUUACUAGAUGCUCUUCAGAUGAACACUGAUGAAAUGAAAAAACAACUAGCAGAACACAGUAGAAAAAUGACUGUCUUGCAAGUAAAUGAGAAGACAUUGUCAAGGCAGUAUUCAACUUUAGUAGAAAUGGAGCAGCAUCUAAGAAAAGAAAAUGAAAAACAAAAAAAUGAAGUGAUAGCGAUGGAAGUUGCAGUCAGUGAAAAAAUUGGCUGUUUGCAGAGGUUUAAGGAAACGGCAGUUUUCAAAAUUGCAGCUCUCCAAAAGCUUAUCGAUAAUAGUGUCCCUUUGUCAGAAUUAGAAUUGGCCAAUAAGCAGUACAAUGAAUUGACAGCAAAGUACAGAGACAUGCUACAGAAAGAUAAUAUACUUGUCCAGAGAACAAGUAACUUGGAGCACCUAGAGUGUGAGAAUGCAUCUUUAAAGGAGCAAAUGGACUUUAUAAGUAAGGAACUGGAAAUUACCAAAGAAAAACUUCAUACUGUAGAACAGGCUUGGGAACAAGUAACAAAAUUGGGAAAUGAGCCAAUUCUGGACAAAGCCUCCAAAGCAGUUACCAAUAGUGAGAUUGUUUCCAUUUCUAAAAAAAUCGCCAUGCUAGAAAUGAAGGAGCUAAAUGAAAGGCAACGGGCUGAACAUUCUCAAAAAAUGUAUGAACAACUAAGGACAUCAUUAAAGCAAGUGGAAGAGCGCAAUUAUGAACUGGAAACCAAAUUUGCUGAGGUUACUAAAAUUAACUUGGAAGCACAAAAGAUAGAACAGACAUUACGGGAUGAACUGGCUAAUAGUGUGACCAAGACAGUGAGCGAUGCUGACCGACAACAUAUUUUAGAAUUGGAGAAGAGUGAAAUGGAACUAAAAGUCGAAGUGUCAAAACUGAGAGAAAUCUCUGACAUUGCCAAAAUGCAAGUUGAAGUUAUGAACACACGCCAGCAGUCCAGGGAGAAGGAAGUGGAAUCUCUUAGAAUGCAAGUUUUGGAUUAUCAGGCGCAGUCAGAUGAAAAAGCCCUCAUUGCAAAAUUGCACCAGCAUAUUGUAGCUCUGCAAAUUAGCGAAGCGACCGCUGUGGGCAAGUUGGAGUCUAUCACGUCCAAAUUUCAAAAGAUGGAGGCGUAUAACCUGCGCCUAGAACAGAAACUUGAUGACAAGGAGCAGGCACUGUAUUAUGCUCGGCUGGAAGGAAGAAACAGAGCUAAACAUCUGCGCCAGACGAUUCAGGCUCUACGACGACAAUUUAGUGGUGCACUGCCCUUGGCUCAGCAGGAGAAAUUUUCUAAAACAAUGGUUCAACUUCAAAACGACAAGUUGAAGAUAUUGCAGGAAAUGCAGCACUCUAAACAAGAGCGCAGGACUAUGGAAAACAAAACACUAGAAGUGGAAUUAAAAUUAAAAGGUUUGGAGGAGCUAAUAGCAACGCUAAAGGAUACGAGAGGAGCUCAGAAGGUAAUUGACUGGCAUAUGAAAAUGGAAGAACUCCGUCUUCGAGAGCUUAAAUUAAGUCGAGAAUUAGUCAAGGGUAAAGAAGAGAUGAAAUAUUUGAAUAAUAUAAUUUCUGAAUAUGAGCAUACAAUCAGCAGUUUGGAGGAAGAAAUUGUACAACAAAAUAAGUUUCAUGAAGAACGGCAAGUGGCCUGGGAUCAGAGAGAGGUUGAGUUGGAACGUCAGCUAGACAUGUUUGAACGUCAACAAAAUGAAAUACUUAAUGCUGCUCGAAAGUUUGAAGAGGCGACUGGAUCAAUACCAGAUUCCACUUUGCCCCUUCCUAAUCAACUUGAGAUAGCCCUGAGGAAAAUCAAGGAGCAUGUCCGAAUAAUCCUAGAAACACGAGCAACUUGCAAAUCUUUAGAAGAGAAACUGAAAGAGAAAGAAGAUGCCCUGUGGAAAGCAGAGCAAAAUGUUCUGUCAAGAGAUAGCGUAAUCAAUGAACUGAGGCUUCGCCUGCCUGCUACAGUUGAGCGAGAGAGACUGAUAGCUGAGCUAGGUAAGAAAGAAGAGGAACCAGAAUAUCAUCACACUGUGAAAGUUGCCCAGCAGACCAUUGCAAACAUGCAAGCGAGGUUAAAUCACAAAGAAGAAGUGUUGAAGAAAUACCAGCAUCUGCUUGAAAGAGCAAGACAGGAACAAGAGGAAGUCAUAAAGAAACAUGAAGAAGAACUCAGGGUCCUUCAUCAGAAAUUAGAUCUGCAGACUGACCAUUCACGUAAUAGAUACAAACAGACGGCUUUGGAGUUAAUGAAGCAGUCCUCUGAGGCUGUUCCUACAAACAAGGAUUUCAUUCGACUGGUGGAGAUGGAGCAAACAGUUGCAGAGCAAGAUACCUCCCUCUCCUCACUUCUGAACAGACUAAAGGAAAUGUCACAAGAUUUAGUGAAACAAAAGCAUAUUACAUCAGAAAAAGUCAGAGAAUUUGAAAUCCUCAAAUCUCAGCUUGAAGAAAAACAUGCAGCUGAAGCGAAAAAAUUGAAAGCUGAAGCCGAAGAGUUAAAGUAUCUUCUGUCCCAGACAGAGAAGGAACUACAGAGUUUAAAAUGUGAAAUUGAAGCCCAAAAGGAAGCAAACACCAGAGCCCCAACAACUACUCUGAAAAAUCUAGUGGAGAGGCUGAAGAGCCAGUUAUCUCUCAAAGAGAAACAACAAAAAGCUCUGAGUAAAGCGCUUCUGGAGCUUCGGGCCGAGAUGAUGGCCAAUGCUGAACAGCACAUUAUUUCUGCAGCAUCUCAGAAAGAGGCAAAUCUUAAUGUACAACAGAUGAUUGAUCGACAAACUAAGGACUUAAAGGCUCACAUAGAAGAUUUGAAUGAAAAUCUUUCAAAAUUCAAAGAGGCCCUUAAGAUAAGUAAAAACAAGGAAACCUCACUAGGGGAUGAAUUGAAUGAACUGAACAGUGAGCUCCAGAAAAAACAAAAAGCCUUUUCUAAAGUACUUAGAGAAAAAGAAGAAGUGGGUAAAGAGAAUGAAGACCUGAAAAAACAGAUUAAAAGAUUAACAAAUGGACUCCAGACCAAAUUGGAUGGAGAAAACAAGUUAAGUUUGGUAGAUGAACUGCAAAAGAAAAUUAAGAAGCUAGAAAGUGAGCUGGAAAGAAAGUCUGAAGGAGAAAUAAGAGCUAUGAAAGAGAAGAGCUCCAAAGAAGAAGUGAUUCGGUGGGAAGAAGGCAAAAAGUGGCAGGCCAAAAUGGAUGGACUGCGUACCAAGCUGAAGGAAAAGGAUAAGGAAGCGGAUACUCUGGCAAAACAGUUGAAUACACUGAAAGAGCUAUUUGCUAAGGCAGACAGGGAGAAAAUCGCAUUACAGAAGAAACUGAAGAUAAGCGGUGUAACUGUUGAUCAUGUUGUGGGUGUCCGUGCUUUGGACUCCGAGAAAGAGGUAGAAGAACUAAGAAGAAGAAAUACGGAGUUAGAAAAUGAAAUUUCUCAUAUAAGGACUCAGCAAGCUCUUCCUCGAGAUUCAGUUGUAGAAGAUUUACAUUUAAAAAAUAGAUACUUACAGGAGAAGCUUCAUGCUUUAGAAAAGCAAUUUUCUAAAGAUACAUUUUCUAGACCUUUGACAUCAGGCAUAGGCUCAGGUGAGCAAUGCCAGAGGGAACAAGAGCUCCAGAAAGAAAACUUGAAGUUAUCAACUGAAAACAUUGAACUGCGAUUUCAAAUCGAGCAAGCCAAUAAAGAUUUGCCAAGAUUGAAGAAUCAAGUAAGUGAUUUGAAAGAAAUGUGUGAACUUCUCAAGAGAGAAAAAACAGAAGUUGAGCGCAAAAUGGGCCAUGUCAGAGGGGCAGGGAGAAGUGGAAAGACAAUCCCCGAGCUAGAAAAAACCAUUGGUCUAAUGAAAAAAGUGGUGGAGAAAGUCCAGAGAGAAAACGAAAAUUUGAAAAGAGCACCAGAAGUGGUGUCGAAUGAAAAAUUAGCAAAUCUUGAGCUUGAAAAUGAAAAGCUAAAGGCUGAAGUGGAAAAACUGAAACUCCACGUAGAAGGUCAGCUGAGCAUGCGGUAUGAAUCCAAGACCAAAGGCACUGAGAAAAUUGUUGCAGAAAACGACAGACUUCGAAAACAGCUAAAAAAAGAGACUGAAUCAGCAGAGAAACUGAGGAUAGAAAAGAAUAAUUUAGUGAUACUUAAUGAAAAGUUGACAAAUCAGCUGGAGGAGACCAAUAAGAGAUUACAGUUUGCUGAAAGCAGAGGUCCGUUGCUUGAAGGUGCUGACAGUAAGGGGUGGAAGUCAAUUGCUAUAACGAGAACGUAUGAAACCAAGAUGAAAGAAAUGGAAACAGAUAUUGCCAAUAAAAAUCUAAAAAUCACUGAUCUUAAACAACAAAUGAGAGAAGCAACAGAAAGGGAACAGAAAAUUACGGAGUACACGCAAGACCUAAAGGAACAGAUUGAACUUCUCAAACAGUUUCCCAAAGAUGCCAGGACAGAUCAAGGCCUGCACCGAGAGCUUCAACUUCUCCGAUUAACCAGUAAUCAGCUAGAAAAGGAAAAGACUGAAUUACUUCAUCAGAUAGAAGUUUACAAACACAGAGCAACGACGGCUGCUCAUGAAAGGUCUCCGCCAGGAUAUGACAAAUUAAUGGAAGAAGUAGAAGAUCUGAAGACCCAGCUCAAAACCUCAAAUCUAGAAAAACAGCACUUCAAGGAAGAAAUCAUAAAGCUAAAAAAAGAACUAGAAAAUGUUGACCCUUCAUUUUUUGAGGAAAUUGAAGACUUGAAGUAUAAUUACAAUGAAGAAGUGAAAAAAAAUAUACUCUUGGAAGAAAGAUUAAAAAAACUCUCAGAACAGUUUGGAGUUCCAGCGGACAGUCCUGAUAAUGCUUCCAUCACCUAAUAGCAAAUCACAUUACCAGCUUUAGAGGCUCACGGCUGUGAAAGAGGUUUCAGUAACCAGUCUUCCAUUCUUUAUAAAUGAUUCCCAUCAGAUUUACAGAAUCUAAUUGAACAUAUUUUAAUAUAUUAGAAUUAUUUUUGUAUGCUUUAUAUGAACUAUAAGUUGUAAAUGAUGCAUUAUGUAUAUAGUGUGUGACAUUCUCUAUUGAGUUGGAGCCAUAGUAAAGUCCUUAUUUAGCAUUUAUAAUUUACAGGUAUGGACGUUAGAAUUUCUGUGUCUAGUUUCUCUUGAAGUUUAACCAUUUUCCUUCAUGAGUAGCCCAGUGUGUACUAAGCCUUUAAUUUCCCUGUUUGAAUUAGAGUUGAGACCCCACAUUCAGGAUCAUAAAA